GAAGAUCAGCUGUUGGCUGGAGGGAGGAAGUGAUGCAGGAAAAUGCCCACAAUGUAGCUACACUCAAAAGGGGGAAGCACAAAGAAAUUGGCUGCUUUAGUACCGAGAUGGUCCUUUAACUCACUCCAAAGAGCCAACAUAAUUCAACAUGGAUUCAAAAGCACAAUCUGGUUGCUAGCUUUUUACUUUUUUAUUUUGUUUUAAAAGCGGAGUUUAAUUCGAUAUUGAUGUGGAAGUUUUUGUCAGCUGCUAGUUAGCUAGCAAUCUGAGUUAACGCGACGAGUUAACUCGCUUACCUUUUGCCAACUUACCAACUACUUACUUUGUACCUGCGUCCCUGGAGUGAUGUACAUCCAAUUCCACAAACUAGAAUUCCCCAAAAAGCAUUGCGGAUGUCAAGGUCACAAUGAUGGAGCAGAAUAGAAAGACACUUUGGCCCAUGCCUUCAGAGGGGGUGUCUGGUUUUUAAGUUUGGCAGUGGAUCUUGGCAGAUUUGGCACAGGCCUGAGGGUAUGUUGAGACGUCUCGCAGGGCCAGAGAAGAGGCGUCUAGGUGGUUCGGACGGGGACUGAAGGUGAGGAGGAAAGACAGACGAGGGACCAGGGAGGAAGACAUGGGUCAGUGUGUCACCAAGUGUAAGAAUCCGACGUCCUCGCUCGGCAGUAAGAGUGGAGACAAGGAGGGAGGAUCCAAGUCCCACCCCAAGAAAGGAGGCAGUGCUGGUGGUGGUCACAAAGAAGAGCCCAGUGGCCCGUGUAGCAAAACCAUCAGCGAGCUGUCGAAUGGCACUAAGGCUUUGGAGGUUACAAUGGAGACACCCGUCAUCCCUGCAAUGAUGGGGGAACCACACAAGGACGAGUGUCUGGAUGGAGAUGGACUGUCAAUGCUGCGCAUUGAGGAGCUGUUCUUCUGCUACAAGGAUGAACAGGAAGAUGCCAUCUUGGAGGAAGGCAUGGAGAUGUUUUGUAAUGACCUGUGUGUGGACCCAGCGGAGUUUCGUGUGCUUGUUCUUGCCUGGAAGUUUCAAGCCGCCACCAUGUGCAAGUUUACAAGGAAGGAGUUUGUUGAAGGCUGCAAGGCCAUCAAGGCCGACAGCCUCGAGGGCAUCUGCUCGCGUUUCUCCUUCAUGCUGGUGGACGCCAAGGGCGAGGAGAACUUCAAGGACCUGUACCGCUUCACCUUCCAGUUUGGUCUGGACGCCGACGAGGGCCAACGCUCGCUGCAGCGGGAAAUCGCCAUCGCCCUGUGGCGCCUGGUGUUCACACAGAACUCUCCUGCGAUCCUGGAGCACUGGCUGGACUUCCUGUCGGAGAACCCCUCAAGUAUUCGGGGAAUUUCAAGGGACACGUGGAACAUGUUCCUCAACUUCACCCAGGCCAUCGGGCCUGACCUGAGCAACUACAGCGAGGACGAGGCCUGGCCCAGCCUCUUCGACACCUUCGUGGAGUGGGAGUUGGAGCGCAGGAAAAGAGAGGAGGAACAGGCACUGCUGUCUAAGGAGGAAGAGGGGAGAUGUACUGACACAGAUUGUUCUCCCACCACAGAUAGACUUGAAACAGAGGGAAGCCGCGGCUCACAGACGUGGGGGGGCCACUGACCAGGAAUCAAGAAAUAUUUGUACGGGACGGAAGGAUAUGAUCUACACAUGAACUGUACAUCUGUGAAUCAUCGGAUGAAUAUUAGUAUUACCACCGCAGCUGUUCAUUUCGCUCUCCUUCUCUGUUGGGGUGGGAUUCCUGCUUCGCACCCUUUUUAUCUUUUUGGUUUUCGUAAGGGCUCUAAGAACGGUUAUGUUUUAAGCACUUCUAUUUAAGUUAUUGUUUUACUUAUUUUCUCCUCCCAUGUGUUUUUAGUAAUUGGACAUGUGCUCCAUUUUAACCUCCACCUACCGACCAUAACCCAGCAGCGUUAGAGCAGAUACGAAUCAGGCAACAGAAAGCCAUAACCUUCCCCCCACAAUUGUCAUAUAAACUGUUUUGACCUGGUAACACUGCUGACAUGUUUUUAUACAAGGAAAUAAUAAAGAAGGGACAUUUUUUGGCAACCUUAACACAAACCAUUUCUUACUAUCAAAACAAGAGGUUUACCACAAGGGUCAGGGUCCGGGACAUCGUCUUGAUUUGGACUAUUCUAGUUAGAUUGUAUGCAUUGAUCUUGCAGUGCUGUGAGGAUGAAUUGGUGGCACUUGUAUUGCCUUCACAACUGUUGGCCUGCAAUUACAUGGACAUCCGUAAUUGAUUACUUACAAUUUUGUUUUUAAAGAUAAUACAAAGUUGUAUCCAUUUAAAAUCCAAGAUGGUAACGGACCCACCCUCUCUUCUGUGUUGAGUGUUUUUGAGUGCUACUAGUGUGGUGAGCAGCUUGGCUUGUUCAAGCAGCUGGCUCCCUUUUGACCUCCAGCAUCUAACAUUUUGAUGUCUACCUAUUUUCAAGAAGCGGUUGGGUGUUGUAACUUUAGGAAGUCUGUAACGCAACAAAUCAGCUAAAUCUUGGUCAUUUCUUAAUAGAUUAUGCCUAAACCUGUGAUACAUGCAGGGCCUUACACUGGGCGCCACACAACGCUUACAUUGUUUACCUUCAAGAGUCUUCACAUCCUUGAACAGCUAUACAAAAGAAAUGUGUGCGCACUUCACAAAUAAUGUUGACUGCUGCUGGUGAUGGUUGUAAUGCAUUGCACAAAAACCAAUAGCAUGAUUAGUCGCUAUACUUGCAACGCUUUGCAAGAAGAUUGAUGUCAACCACAUCAUUUCAAUUUUAAACCUUUUCCAAACUGUAGAUUGAUCAUAAGCUUAGGCUAUGGUGUUUCGGGACGAGUGAGAGAGUGUUAACUGGACUAAUCAAGAGUCUGUGGUAUGGGUCCAGUGUGGUAAGAGGGUGGCACAUAACCUGAUCUGUUUGGUUUACAUCUACAAUGGUUUUAUUUCAGACCCCCUUUGUCCUUUUUUUUUUUAUAUAAAAUGUAUUGAUUUAUAAUAAAUAAAAACAGUGUUGAACUUUU